AUGACGACUGCCAUGGCGGCCGGCAGCGUGAGCACGGUGCAGCACCGCGAGGGCCUCGGCCUGCAGGACGCCCGGACGCGCCUCCUGACCGCCAAUGUCAUCCUGCAGCACCAACUGCGCCAGCAGCAGCAGCAGCAGCUGCUGCAACCCGCGCGCAGGGAGGCGUCGCUGUCGUCCAGCCCUGCGUCCUCCACGUCGUCCUCGUCGAGGUCGUCGAGGUCGUCGGCGCUGUCGGCCACCUCGCCGCCCUUCGUGCCGCACGCGGUGCACGCGGUGCACUCCACGGCGACGGACACGGACACGGACUCGAUGAGGGCGGAGGACCUGUCCCAGACCCUGCCGUCCUUCGGCGCCAGGACGGCCGCCGCGAAGCAGCUGCUCAGCGCGGCCCCUGGAGGCCCAGUGUUUGGCCACAGGUCAACGUCAGGGCAUAGCGGUCUUGACAACAGCCCAUUGGACUCUGCGUUGUGUCAAAAGAAGAAAUUCAAAAAAGUCUUCUGUCCAUUCUGUAAGAAGAAUGGGGAGCGGAAGGAGACUUACACCGCCCACGGGCUUAAUGAACGCAGUCCAGAUGGGUCCAUUCGAGUCAUUUGUCCAGUUCUAAGAAGUUUGAGGUGUGAAAUUUGUGGCUCAACUGGUGAUCGAGCUCACACUAGGACUCAUUGUCCAAUGGGCAUGUCCCUUCUACCGGUUGCAACCAUUUUGAAGAGUACCCAACGAAGGUGUGAUGGAUCUAAAAGAUCUUUUCUUUAAUUAUGUUAUGACUGUUUUUGACUUUUUUUUUCUAAUCUGAGUAUUUUAUUUCUUUAUCAUUUACUUUAUUUUUGACUUAAUUUUGAAUCAUGUGUUGUGUUCGUAAUUUUCCAGUUUGUGUUGUGGAUAAGAUUUCUAUUGUAUAGUAUGGCAUUUUUGAAAAUCUGCUGAUUAUGUUUUAUGGAGCAUCAUUGCUGUAUGUGUCCUAAUUUCAAUUUGCUUCUAAGGCAAAUGUGUUGGUGGAAGUGAUAGAUUUGCAGAACCAAUGUAUUUAUUGUCCUAAUUCUCAUUUGCUACUAUUGCUUAAACGUGUUGGAUGAAAUAAUAGUGUAUGAUGUAUAACUGACUGUUUCAACUUUUUACAAGUGUUGUUUGCAAGUUAAAAUAUAAAUUAAAAUUUGUUGUUUCAAGUGAAAAUAUGUUUUUUCCAGUAAGUAUCUUGUGAAAGGAAGACAGCUUGUGAAUAUUGCACAACCAAUAACUACU